UCUUUUACAAACAAACCCCAUGACAACUGUCUUCUUCUCUAUUGUUUGUGUUCUUGUCGAAAAAUGCCGAUCGAGGCACCAAUCUUGAAUAUGAUUUGUUAUUAAGCCUCUCGCGAACCACGACCGCAGAUCCCGGCUGGUGAAUUCUAUAUCACAAAUGAAUAAUACUUUAUUUUGAUGAUUUUCAGCUUCCUGGGGGUAAAAUCGUAUUCAAAGAAUCGUCAUCGAGUGUUUGAUUUGUUUGCUAGACCGUGGAACUGAACUCGGGUAUUCGACACGUAGAGCAGACUCACCGGUGUCAUUAGCCGGGAUUACCGGUAUGGCAAAGGAUCUUCUUCAACCUUGGCGGACGUGGUUUAACGUUUUCUCGAACUUGAAGCUGACGGCCUCAUUAAUAUGUUAUUUGUUUCGUUAAUUGGUAAAUAUUUUGAUCAAUACUAGUAUUCUUCCUGAAGAAAUCACAGAAAAAAGUUGGCUGUCCUUUUUUUUUUUAAAUUCAUUUCAAUUUCAAAGGUCACCUCUGAGGAUUUAUUCAUCAGAACUAAAUCGAUUUCAAGGAAAAUCUGCUGAAUAUCGUUGGAUAUUGAUAUUAAUCUGCAAGUGUAUUCCCGGAAUGUUGGUGGUAAUAUUUAUCACAUAUUGGCCUCUGUUGUCUAAGGAUUAAUUAGCAAGAAUUCAACAACUGUAAGAUGAAGCCUAGAUAAGUGAUAAGAAGCACUUAAAUCAGAUCUCUUUGCGGGGAUCCGUCUCCUUCCAGAGGUAGUUUUGGACAGCUAACAUCCCCCACCAUGCCGAUCUCUUCCACCCGAUCACCACCGAACACAACCCGAUCUCAGUAUCGGAUCAAACGAAGCCAACUUCGGCUAAUCCGAUCCGGUCGGAACGAACAGACGAGUGACUCGAAUUCUUCCCGUGAUGUCAGCUUACGGAGCAGCGGGGUGGCCAUGUCGUCGGACGCGUCGACGGCUUCGAUCACGUGUUCAGUGAAACCGAGUUCAGUGCCUCAACCGAGACUCUUAGGGAGGCGAGGGAGAUGUGAAACUCCUGUGCCUCGUGAAGACGCUGAUGAUCUUUCCGAUGUCGACAACCAGCUUACCAAGGAGGACACAUUAAACCAACGAUGUCGACUCGAUAACCUCGUCAACGAACCCGAUGUAGAUCUCCUUCACCAGAGGCUUCCCAGCAUCGAUCAGCGACCCGUUUCCCGACACGUUGUCUAUACCGUUCAAUACGACGGCAAGACGGGUGACAAGACCAAGUCAUCAAGUACCAUGUCCGCCAUAGUUUCCUCGUCCUUUGAUUCACCGCGUACCUUAAGAGCGAAAGCGAUGCAGAAGGACCUUCGAGAAACAGUGAGUAUGACCAAGCUGUCGAGACAAGAUAGAGACAUCAAAGUGAAGUUUGCGAGGACAACGUUUCCAAGCGAUGCCUUCGUCGAUGAGUGCACAAAGAAUCGGAUUUUAUCUUGGUUGGAGAAUGUAGAGACAGCUCAGAUUGAAGAUUCGAUUGAUUCUAAAACCUUGACGGCUAUCCAAGAAGAAGCACUCUGACUGAAACAAACUUGGUCACCAGAAACAUAAUGGACAUUCCCCUUGUUUUAACAUUGGAACUUUUAUUUUAAUUCUGAAAUACUCGUAUUCGCCCUUUUACCCAAGAUUUCAGAAACAUUCAAGAGGAAAAUUCAGGAGGGUGUACUGUUUAAUAGUACGUGCCUAUUUUUAAUGAUAAUUAUUACCGUUCUAUUCAACGAAAUUGCUGCUCAGUCAAAAUAAAAUAUAUACACAAUUUGAUUUAAUACUUGCCUUAAUUAUGCUGCUAUUUGUUUCAGCUGUUUGAGAAUGGAUUUGACUAUGUAGUUUGCUGCUAAAUAGUAUGUUUUAUUUGGAGCUAUAUUUUGUCACGAAAUGCCAAUGCAGGUACAAAUUAAACUUAUAAAAAUAUACCUUGUAUUACAAUGAAUAUGUUACAGUGUUUUUUAAUAAAAACAAGUUUCGUUCUAUAACUGUUUUACAUUUCAGCUAAGAAGGUGGUUAUAUUUUGUUUACAUUUAAUAUUUAUCUCCUUUUCUUUGUAAUUUUCAACCAUUCCAUUUGCUUGAACGUAAACUAUUUUAUAUUGAAUCGAUACAUGUAUUGAGAAAGUACAUGUAUUGCACUGGCUUAAAAUGUUAAGCUGGUUGGUUAUUUUUUAACUUUAGGUUUUGUUCGUAAUUGUAUUUGGUUACGUAUCACAAUGGAGGUUAUUGGUUUAUUCUACAUCAACUGACUGAUUUUUAAACAAGACCAAACUUUAUCUUCGAGUGUAUUCAAAGUUGAGAUAAAGGGUAACAUAAGUGUUAAUCGGAAUUGAUUCAAGCAUAAUUUUUUUUUGUUAGCAUGAACUCAACCCAAGUGGCUAUGGUUGAAACAGAAGUGCAUGCAAAACGAAUUGCAAUAUUCUUUUUAUUAAAAAAAUUGUAGUUUUGGGGAGAGAAUUUUUAAUGGAAUGUUGUAUGAAUUUAAAAUAGAUUUGUCGUAAAAUUAUAUUUUAACCUGUCUAUAUAUUAGGAGAGUGACAUCUGGGAUAACUCGAAUCUGUACCACCAAUCACUCCAAAGUCACUCUUGUUACUCCUACAAACAGUAAAUAUUUUAGUUAUUUUUCUUCACGGGAAAGCCAUAUAAUAUAAGGAAUAGUUAAAUUAAGAGGUAACCCUUUCACAAGCUUACUGAAUAAAACAAAAAUAGAGCGAGUGUAUAAAUCAGUUAUUUGUGGGUGUAUGAAAACAUGAAAAUUGAUCUUAUAUAUUGUUGCAAUGAAGGUACGAAACUACGGAUCACCCCGUUUUCGAGUGAGCAAAAAAUCGUUUUAGAGUGUUCUUUAGAAAGGACAAGUAAAAUAACUUUUUUUUAAUAUAUUAUAACUCUCCAUUAGUUUUUAAUAAAGAUAUCGUCACGAUAUUUUGCCUCAGAUUUCCUCUUUUUUUUUACAUUUAUUAUUUAUGUCUUUACACAUUAAAAACGGUCUUUAAAUCGUACAGUAAUUGUUUAAUAGUUUAAACAACCAUGCUUAAUAUCAUUCAUUGAGAAUUAAAUAUUAUAAAUUAAUCUUUGUUGUUUAAGAAUUUAAACUCUUGUUUAAGCUGUUUAAGCAACUACUGAACGAUUCAUAAUUAUAGUAAACAGCGUUGUUUAAAAAUUCUAAACGGCGUUUUUGCUGUGUAUGUAGUUUGACCUUGUUAUUUCUUUUGUGUGCAAUAGUCAUUUAUCACGAGUUCUAUAAGUUCCAAAAUAUUAGAGUGGGAGAAAAUGGAACUAUCGGAAAUAACACUCUAAAACAUAUCAGUUAAAAAGCAAGAGUAUGUUUUAGUCAUAUUCGUGCUUCUUUUUCUACUUUGAUGAAAACCUACUAGAGUUUUUUUUCGCAGUAUAUACAUAUUCUUUUUUUUAUUAUUGAAUGGAGAACAUUCAUGUUCUGAAAUAAAUACUAUUCCAAUGA